UGAUGUCCUCCCACUCUAACCAUGCAUGCGCAGCUCCGGGGACACGCAGCGUGGCGAUCAGUGGUGCGCUGUGUCCCUCGGACACAGUGGAUCACCGAUCAACAUAAAGAGUCGAAGAUGUCGGCUUGGUCAUGUGAUCAGCUGUGUCCAAUCACAGCUGAUCACUGAUCAUCAAGGCAGUGAUGAUCAGUGUGCCCUGAUGAUCAGUGUAGCCCCAGCAGUGCCACCUGUCAGUGCCCAUCAAUGCCACCUGUCAGUGCCCAUCAAUGCCACAUAUCAGUGCCUACCAGUGCACAUCAAUGCCACAUAUCAGUGCCCAUCUGAGCUGUCUUUCAGUGUCACCUAUCAGUGCCUCCUAUCAAUGCCAGUCAGUGCCACCUAUCAGUGCUGCCAAUCAGUGCCACAAAUCAGUGCCAGUCAG